AUGGUUAUAUUUCAAAAUAAUAAAGGAUUUGUUAAGCCAUCAAGGUUUGAAAAGAAUGAUGAUGCCGCUGCCACACUCAAAGACUUUGGUGAUCUGGCAGCGCUCACCGAGUUCAGAGGUGUCAAGGAACAGCUCAGUCAAUUCAUCGGGAAAUUGAAUGUAAACAACGAGAAGCUAUCGGGUAUUACAUUCGAUCGAUUGGUCAGAUUCAUAUUUCAAUUGAAUUUGCCCAGUACUCUGGUGAUCGAUAGUCUAGAAACGUUGGAAUCCGUAUUCACAUUGGUAUUCAAUAAGUACUAUCCUUACAGACCGAGUCAAUACUUCCUGUCGGAUCUGCACGAGGAUCAAGCAUUCAAUACACCGCUCUACCCCGAGUGGAUAUCGGAACUCCAAAAGAUGCACAGUAGCAUCAAACCGCUGAUCCCCGUAACCACCGGUGUUCACCAAUUCGAAGUUGCACUAUCACGUAGCGGUUUAGUAGUUGGUUGGUCAUGUUGUUAUACUCUACAGGAAGUAAAUGAUAGAACAAUAGAAGAUGAGAAUUAUGAGUAUAUUUUGGCACAUGUUGAGAAUGUCGGACCUAUAGAUACACUUUAUAUGGGUGGCGAGGUUGUAGCGUGUCAGUUGGAUAUAGAGGGUCGUGAGAUUACCGUUUGGUCAGAGAGUUAUCGAUCGACACAGAAAAUCAAUGUUAACUUGGAAGGAGUACCACCCGGUGCAACUAUAUUCUUUAUUCCAAUCAUUAUGUUACCGAAAGCAAAGUGUUUUCCAAACUUUGGUUCGACGCCAUUCACACUGCUCAGUCCCGACCAACCACAACCAAUACAUCAAAUCAACCCAUCACGUUUAGUUCGUUACAAAUACAUCUAUAGUUGUUUAUAUAGAUUAAUAAAAUUAAGAGUCAUCAGUGAUUUUCAAGACUAUGAAAAUCUAUUUAAAUUCCUAUUGCUAAAGAUAACAAGACCAACUAUCAAUAACUAUUGUAUUUUUAAAUAUAUGUAUCCUAUUGUAGAGGAUAUCGCAGUGACUUCAAAUAGUUUCUUUCAAACCUUUUUCGAAUCAUUACAAUUGAAUGAUGAAGCUAAUUCAGAAGAAUUGUUUAAUAUAUUAUUCAGUAGAGCUUUAUAUCUAAAUAGAACAAAAACAGCAUCCACUAAUUUCUAUCCACUCUUGAUAUUGCGAUCGAUGGUCUCAAUAACAUUGUUGCGACACUCACUUUUUACCUAUCAAAAUAUAUUCGAUGUAUUGGAUUUGAUGUUCAGUCAGAGACCACUUAUAUUCUUGGAGUUUCUUCAGAAUCAACCUGCAAUUUCAGUAGCUUCUAAUACAUUAGAGAAUAGAUUUAUUUGUAGGAAAAAAGAUGAAAGAGAAUUACAAGUAGAUAUGUUUAGACAUAUUAUCGAUGAUGAAGUAUGCAGUGAUAUCUUUUUAAAGUGGAUAAGUCAUUGUAUUAGUCAAGCUUUUACUUAUUCAAAGAGAGUUGCACAAAACACUUUAGUAGAACAAACAGAGAUUACUACAUUAAAUAAUUUGUUUUUCAUUAUCAUAGAGUAUUUGGAUACAUACUUAUCGGAUACUAGAAAUACUAAAUCAUUCCCAAUCUCUAUUUUCUAUUUCUCUGAACCACAAAGACAAAGAGUUGGUGGUGUUUAUUCUUAUUUGAAAAAGAAUAUAGUUAUCAAUGAAUAUGAUGAAUCUGGUGAACCUAAAUUAGAUUUGAAACAAACUCUCUAUCUUUAUUCCAUAGAUCUACUACAGCUGAGUUUCUGUUCAUAUCUAACAUUGAUACAGAAACUAGAUGCUGCAUCUAAAAUUGAAAAGAGAGAAUUAGAUAGAGCUUUUGAUUAUGCUGAUUAUCAAAAAGUUAAAUCAUCACAAGAAGCGACACAAUUGAAAGCGGAUUACUUGAGAACUGAAAUGCUCGAAAAGUCAGAGCACUACGAAUAUCUUUGGAAACAUUUGACAUUCACUAUUGGUUUGAUCACAGAGAAUUUGGAACAACCAAUUUUUGAAUAUCUCUAUGAUAACACCAUCCUUACACCACUAUCAACCUUUAUCUAUCUACUUGGUUGGAAUCUGAAAUCAACUUUCCAAAACUUGAACUUUGAAACAACAAACAAUAUUUUGGCAUUGGUUUUGAAAAAACAUGGAUCUGUUGUUGAUAGAGAAAUUAUGAAAGCAACUACAGAAACUGUUUGUGAAUUCUUAAAGAGACAAAUAUUCCAUCCAAUCAUUUCAUCACAUCAAAAUUUCAGCCAUUUCAUUCAUAUGCUGCUGGAAGGACUCACUGAUAUGGAUGUCGAUCUUCUCACCUUCUUGUGUACAAGAAAAUUCGAUACAUUUGUAACACAUUUCCGUGAGAUUUGUUUGCAAAAUCCAAGUUGCUUGUUGAAACUUUUAAAUGUCAUCUUUUCCAAUCUAUCAGAAAAUAUUAGUUCAAAACAUGAAAUUCCACUUAGACUUAGAAUGUUCAAUUAUCUUUGCACUAAUCUACCACAUAUUAUCACUGGUAAUGAAACAUCAUUAUUAAUUACAGGUCAAUUUAUUAUGUAUAUUUUAGAUAAACUACUAUUACAUCCAAAUUCUAAAGAUAAUGUUUAUUAUAUAACUUUUGUUAAUAUGUUACCAUCCAUUUAUUUCUUAAACAAGAGUUCCAAAGAAGGUUGCUCACUGAAACAAACUAUCACCAAAGUUAAUCCCAAAGUCAUUCAAAUGCUGACGGAUGUCAAUUGUAGUCCAGACUUUACACAACCAAAGAAAAGAGAAAUCAUUAAAUUUUUCCAAUCCAUUAUUGACGAUGAAAAGAAAUCAUUGAAUACAUCAACUGGAGGUUCGGAUAAUCUUUGUAAUAUUUGUUACUCUUAUGAUGCCAAUGUCAUUUUCAAUCCUUGCAAACACUCUUCUUGUCAGCACUGCGUAACAAGACAACUAUUGACAAAGAAAGUUUGUUUCUUUUGUAGAGAAGAAAUUAUUUCUACUGAAAAGAUAAAUAAAGAUGAAUAG